AAGACAAAUGGAUUCUGUUCCAAUCUGUUUUGAGCAUGAAAUUAUGAACGACAGAAAUGUGACAGCACACUUUCCAAUUGUGUCAUUUAGGACUAGAUUCAGUGCCAGUUUCACCGCAUGUUUUCCCCUGAAUUUUCCAUGACAAGGUGUUUCUUUCCUUUCCUUAGCCUCCAUUUUUAGAGGCAAUAUCUCCAUAGAUUUUUGGUCAUAGUUCCAAAACCCACCAUCAAUUUAUAUUCCUCCUCCAAUACCCCAAAUAUACCCUUUUUCUUUUUCAGUUUUUCUGGACAAUGGGUCUCCCAAGAAACGUGCCCAUGCUCCUGGUUUCAGUUUUUCUCUGUUUUGCUGUUACUAAUACUAUUACUUCUGCUUGCUCUAAUGGGCAAUGCAAGCUCCUGGAUGAAUGUUCAUCUGAUGGAGACUGCCAACCGGGGCUGUCUUGUUUUUCUUGUUCUGAAGCAUUUGAUGGCUCAAGAUGUAUCCGAUCAGCAACUACAAACCAAUUCAAGCUUGUGAACGAUUCUUUACCAUUCAACAAAUAUGCGUUUCUGACGACUCACAAUUCCUUUGCCAACGAAGCAGAACCGCUUCAUACUGGAAUCCGAAUUACCUUUACUAAUCAGGAAGACACUGUAACACAGCAGUUAAAUAAUGGAGUUCGAGCAUUGAUGCUGGAUACAUAUGAUUUUAAAGGAGACAUAUGGCUGUGCCAUUCUUUUGAAGGGAAGUGCCAUGAUUAUACUGCGUUUGGGCUUGCCAUUGACACAUUCAAGGAAGUAGAGGCCUUUUUAUCUGCAAAUCCAUCAGAAAUUGUGACACUGAUCCUAGAAGACUAUGUUGAGACCCCAAAUGGGUUAUCAAAAGUUUUCAAAGAUUCAGGUUUAAUGAAGUAUUGGUUUCCAGUCUCAAGCAUGCCUCAAAAUGGUCAAGAUUGGCCAUUAGUGAAGGAUAUGGUUGCAAACAACCAAAGGCUGGUUGUCUUCACUUCAAAGAAGUCUAAGCAAGAAAGUGAAGGAAUAGCAUAUCAGUGGAACUACAUGGUUGAAAAUCAAUAUGGGGAUGAUGGGGAGCAUACAGGAGAAUGUGGUAACCGGGGAGAGUCAGCACCACUUAAUGACAAAACUAAAUCUCUGGUUUUGGUAAAUCACUUCCACUCAAUUCCAAUCAAAGGGAUGACUUGUGAAGACAAUUCAGCAGUGGUUGUUAGUAUGCUGGAUUCAUGCUAUGGGGCAGCAGGCAGUCGGUGGGCUAACUUUGUCGCAGUUAACUAUUAUAAGAGAAGUGAUGGAGGAGGAGUGUUUCAAGCUGUUGACAAAUUGAAUGGCAAGCUGUUGUGUGGCUGUGAUGACGUCCAUUCAUGCGUGCCCGGAUCAUCAUCAGCAACAUGCUCUCCUUAAGGCAGAUGGACUAUGCAUUUUGUAACAACUUAUCAGAAACUGGAAAUUGUGGUGUGAACUGUAGAAAAGUUGUUGCAUUGAUAGAUGAUGCAGAGGUUUAAAUUUAUAGAUGAGCACCACAGAUAGUGUUUAUACUUUAUGUGCCAAAUUCAUAAGUUGCAUUAUUCAUUAAAAUUCAAGCCUGACAAGGAGGAAUGGUCACUUGUUUAGACAACCA